AUUGGAACAAUCUAAACUAUUAGUUAGUUAGUCAAUACUAAACAGUCAACCUGUGAAUUAUUGCAAUGAAAAUGUACGUUUUUGUGCUUCUUUUAAGUGUUCUUGUGGCUGUUGGACAGUCUACGAAGAUUGAUGGACCUUGUCCAAUCAAGAUAAAACAAAUUGAAACCUUUGAUCCAAACAGAUAUUUGGGUAAAUGGUGGGAUGUUUAUGCCAACUCCUAUGACGUUUGUUCCAGUGGUUAUGGAUGUAUAUUGACCUAUUAUCGUGAUUAUGAUGAAAAGCUUCAUGCAAUCGAUGUCAACUACUACUUCGGACCAGAUUACGCCAACAUAUGCUCAUUCGGAAUCUGGCAAACUGAUUCUGAUGUGGAUCCUGGACUGUUUUACGAUGGAGAUAAAAAUAGUAUUUACGUUUUAGACACUGACUAUGACAGUUAUGCAGUUGAAAUUGCUUGUAUUAAUGACGAUGGAAGUACCCAUGAAGAGAGAGUCGUUCUCAGAUCACGAAACUUCGUAAUGUCAGACGAGGUUCGAGAUAAACUGGUCAAGAAAGUAGUUGAUUAUGGAUUCGCUGAACCAAAUUUGAAUGCUCAUAACUUUACUGGUUGCAAAGAUUUCACUCCUGACUUUUAAAUUGAUAAUUUUAAAGUGUUGUUCAAAAACUUAAUUUCUGUACCAUUAAACAAAUAAUAGUUGAAAAGCCACAAAUUGUCAAAGUUGACACAAUUAAAAUGAAUUAAUAUUAUAUUGAUCUUCAAAAUUAAAAA